AUGCACCUCACGCGAUGGGCAAGCUUGGUCUUCGUGGUCUGCACGGCUUGGGGCGAGUCCUGCGACUUUGAGGAGGGGAGCCUCAUUCAAAGGCAGCCGAGAAAUGAGUCGGAGAUCCAAGAGGUCGAGGAACACUUCAAACAGUUGCAGCGUGGCCUCCACAAACAUCUGCUCGGCACCACGGUCAUCGGCGCGACGGCGGCGCCGAAGGGCGGAACCUGCGCGCUGAGUGGCCAACAACGCUGCGCGGUGUCGGCGAUGAAGGGCACCACGAUCAUCCAACCGGGGGGCCGGACGUCGUGUUUGCAGCAGGAUGGAGGGCCCUACCAGUUCGUGGUGCGACCAGGUGAUGCCCAGAAACUGCUGAUCUCGUUCCAAGGCGGUGGUGCUUGUUGGGAAUCCACCAGCUUCAAGCACGCCUGCGUGGCUGACAUCCAGGAGGCCUUGUCGGGCUCCGGGCUGCUGAGUAACAGUGGCCCCCUGAGCGAUGCCCAGAGGAACCCCUUGCGAGACUACACGGUGGUGGAGGUGCUGUAUUGCUCCGGCGACAUCUUCUUGGGCGACGUCACGCAGUCCUGGGCCUCCGGCCGUGGCCCAGCGCAACAGCUGCGCCAGGCGGGCGCGGUGAAUCUGCGCGCGGUGCUGCAGUGGGUACAGAAGAACUUCAAGAGCGUGACGUCCCUAGUCAUGAUGGGAAGUUCCGCAGGUGCCUUGGCCGCUCAAGUUUAUUCGCCCACCAUUCUGGAGCUCAUCCCCCACCAGAAUGCAGCGGUGAUCUCUGAUUCCUAUGCGGGCGUUUUUCCCUCCAACACGGAGGGGGCAGUGCUUCAGAGGUGGAAGGCCUGCAGCUUGAACAUUUUUUCACCCGAGCAGCAGCGGGCCUGUCAAGAGAGCCGAAUCGGUCUACCAGACGUGGUGGCCAAGAUCAUCCAAGAGCAUCCCACAGUGGCAUAUGGCUUCAUCCAAAGCAAGGCGGACUCCUUUCAGCGUUUGUUCUACGAACUGGUGGCCUUCACGAUCCAGAGGAGCUUUUCCAAGUUGUCUGGGCCCUUGUUUUACAAGCUCAGCAACCGGAUUUUUAAGGAGUACAACAAGCACAAGAACUUUCUGCUAUUUCUGGUGGAUGGUGACAACCACGAAUUCAAUUCUCAGAGGAUUUGGAACAAGGCAGGGAUCAAAGGUGCAGUCGACGGUUCUCCACGCGGCGUUCUGAGUUUGCAGGGCUGGGUGCGCAAGGUCCUCGCCCGGAGCUGUACCAGGUCCUUGGGCCGAGGGAGGCUCACGAAGCGCUUGGAUUCCACCAAGCUCAACUACCGCUACAACCGCGUCUUUCCCAAGGAACUGUGCUGGGCGUAG